AUGUCUUCGGAAAUUCUAACUGAGUUUGAAGGAAAAAAGCUAACAUUGCCCGCACUUCCUUCGAAUUUUAUUGCUCUGGAAAAGGUCACAGAAAGUGUACCACUACAAGCAGCACACCUGCAAGCAAAUGUUCCUCAACCAUUCGCCGCGACCGAAGUUGUUGAAGCGUUUGUCACCAACAUCACAACGAUUGUUGAAGGAGAAGAUGUGAAACCUGUAAACGAUUUAACAUUUAAAUACCAACAUGACACAGGACAUCGAUUUUGGCCCGGAGAUACGAUAGGAAUUUUACCCUACAACGCAGAUAGCGACGUUGAUUACAUUCUAGACCGCUUGAAUUUGCUGUCCCAAAGUGAUAAUGUAUGUAAUGUCGGGAUUGACCCAACUUCAACCAAGAAGGGGGCCAAGAUCCCGAUGUUCGUGCCUUCUGUUGUAAAUUACCGACGUCUGUUCAAGGAGUGUUUGGAUCUGCAUGCGGUUCCAAAGAAACUCUUGAUACGUUCUUUAGCAUCGUACACGACGGAUGACGACGAUCGACGAACCCUGGAAAUUUUAUGCUCAAAAGAAGGAAAUUCUGCGUAUGAGAAAAUCGUCCUACAGAACGGAACGGGAAUCAUUUCUUUGCUGCAGCUAGUACCAUCGUGUAGACCAACGGCUGCAAUUCUUGUAGCACAUCUUCCUAGACUAAUGCCACGCCCGUACUCGAUAGCUAACGUGUACCAAGAAGGAGACAGCCCUGCGGUACGCUUGCUUUUCUCGCACAAUGCACAUAAUCCGGGCAUUACCACUACAUACCUUCGAGGAUUGGAAAAAGGGGCAACGAUAUAUUUUUACUUCCGCCAGAGCAGUGCGUUUGUGUACAAGGAUAUGGAUGUAAAACGAAACAUAGUAAUGGUUGGCACCGGCACGGGAAUAUCUCCAUAUCUUUCAUUUCUCCAGCUACGAGCAGAAGCUCUUGCAAAAGGCGAAACACUAGGCCGUGCGGAACUGUUUGUAGGAUUUCGCUAUCGUGAGCGUAACUACCUGUGCAAAGAUGAAAUCGAAGAGUAUCUCAGGGCGGGCGUUUUGGACGCUUGUAAUGAAGCCUUUUCACGAGAUACCGAUACUCGGCAUAAGUAUGUACAAAGUCAGCUGAAAGAAAAGCGUUCCCAAAUCAUUGAAAACAUACGCAACCCCCAUGCACUGCUUUAUGUUUGUGGGGAUUCGAAGAUACUUUUGCCACAAAUAACUAACACUGUAGUCGACAUACUAACCGAAGCAUCAGAAGCGGAAGAGGAUAUCAAAACGCUUAUUAGUGGGUUAAAGAAGGAUGGUAAAUACCGCGAAGAUAUAUGGCUGUAA